ACCUAGCAGGCUGGUUGUUGUUGUUGUUGUCAGAAACAUGGCGUCCCAGUGCAGCCUCUCUACUUUAUUUCCUAUCCAAAGUCAGCUGGAUUGUGCCCUGGAUGACGCUACGACUCAACAAGAGAAAGAAAAUCUCGUCAACGAGUAUUUGAAAAAACUAGACGGAAGAGAGGAUCUGAAGAUACACGAUUUCCAGACAGGCUUGGAAUGGCUGAACACGGAGGGGCCUCUGUCUUUGAACAAGGAGCUGGCUGGUAAAGUAGUGCUGCUGGACUUCUUUACUUACUGCUGCAUCAACUGCAUGCACAUCCUGCCCGACCUGCACCAGCUGGAGAAGAAGCACUCCGCCAAAGAUGGAUUGGUUAUUGUUGGUGUGCACUCAGCUAAAUUCCCCAAUGAAAAGGUCCUGGACAACGUCCGCAGCGCUGUGCUCCGCUAUGACAUCUGCCACCCAGUGGUGAACGACAGCGAGGCACACCUCUGGCAUGAACUGGAGGUGUCCUGCUGGCCCACACUGGUCUUACUGGGCCCGUGCGGGAACCUGCUCUUCUCCCUGGUGGGCGAAGGCCACCGGGACAGGCUGAUGCUUUUCACUGACGCCGCCCUCCGUCACUACGGGGAGCGGGGUCUGCUGAAGACGCACACGGUGGGGAUCAAGCUGUACCGAGACUCCCUGCCACCCAGCGUCCUGUCUUUUCCUGGAAAGGUGGCCGCAGACAUCGGGAAAAAGAGACUGGCCAUAGCAGACACCGGGCAUCACCGCAUUCUGGUGGUGUCCUUGACGGGACAGCUGUUGCAUGUAAUAGGAGGUCCUAAAAGUGGGAGACAAGAUGGCGACUUGUCAGAAGCUUCCUUUAACUCCCCUCAGGGUGUGGCCAUUAAAGGGGACACUGUCUAUGUGGCCGACACAGAAAACCACCUGAUCCGAAAGGUCGACCUGUCAGAGGGAAGAGUCAGCACUCUCGCCGGAGUGGGUGCUCAAGGCACAGACAAAGAGGGCGGGGCCAUGGGACCUCAGCAGCCCAUCAGCUCUCCUUGGGAUGUGACUCUUGGCUCUGCCGGCGGAUCAGAAGAUAACGUGCUGUGGAUAGCCAUGGCAGGGACCCACCAGAUCUGGGCUUUGUUCCUAGCUGAUGGAAAACUGCCCAAAGGAAGUGAGUCCAAGGCGGGGACGUGCGUGCGAUGGGCAGGCAGCGGCAGCGAGGAGAACCGAAACAACUCCUACCCGCACAAGGCUGGCUUUGCUCAGCCUUCAGGCCUGGCUUUAGCCCCAGAGGAGCCCUGGGGCUGUAUGUAUGUGGCCGAUAGCGAAAGCAGCAGCAUCCGCACGCUGGCACUAAAGGACGGAGCAGUCAAGAUGCUGGUCGGGGGGGAGAGAGACCCACUGAACCUUUUUGCUUUCGGGGAUGUAGACGGCAAAGGGGUGGACGCCAAGCUGCAGCAUCCUCUGUGCGUUGCCUGGGCUCCUGAACAAAGCCUGCUCUAUGUGGCCGACUCCUACAACCACAAGAUCAAGGUAGUGGAUCCAAAGGUAAAGCAGUGCAGCACAUUGGCAGGGACUGGAGAGGCUGCAGAUACCGUGGGCCCUGAAUUUAACAAAUCCUGCUUCAAUGAACCUGGAGGAAUCUGUGUUGGCAGCAAUGGCAAGCUUCUCUAUGUGGCAGAUACCAACAACCACCAAGUCAAAGUGCUGGACCUGUCCACCAAGACCGUUUCACUGUUCCCCAUCUCCACUGACUGCACAGACUCGGUACCUUCAAAGCCUUCGGGUCCUGCCAAAGCCCCCACGCUGCCUAAAUCCGCUGCCAGGAAAGAAAUGCCACCGGUGGCAGUGUCAGCAGGCCAGACUCUUGUCAUGUCGCUCACCCUGACGCUUCCAGAAGGAACCAAACUCACCGAAGAGGCCCCCAGCUGCUGGGCUCUCUCCGCUGAGGGUAACGAAUGGCUGCUAGAAAACCAGGUGGUCACUGGUGACAUUGUGGAUCUGUCGAAGCCGCUGUCCAUCUCAACCAGACUUCCAGCUGUUCUAAAGGACUUCAAUCCAAGCCUCACUUUGUUUGUGUGGGUGUACUACUGUAUGGACGCCGGUAAAGCUUGCAUGAUGAAGGCAUCCUCCUUCACCCAGCCUCUUCAAAUAAGUGCCGAUCGUGGAGAGGAAGAAAUCACUGUGGCGUUGGCUCAUGCCUUCUAAAACCUCCUACCUGUCUUAGUCACAAUAGUCACAUAAUCAACGUCGAAACGUCAGUUUUACUCCUCAGUUCAGCUAAACCCAGCCGCUGUUUGGUUCAUAUUUGUAGAAGAAGAAAACACAGAUUGUUUCUGAGUGCCACUUUGGACAAAAAUGCAAUUCCUACAAACCAGAUUUCCAGGGGAAUUUCAUUUGAAACUACUCACAAGCCCCUUCUACGAAACAUAAUGCAUCAGUGUAAUGUCCUUUACUGUCAGGGACGGUUAUUGGUAGGAAUGCAAAUGGCGACAUCCCCAGGCAUGUUUUAAAGGCUAAAUACAACUGCAUCCUAAUGCAUCAUUUAUAUAAUGAUAUACUUAAGCAUGGAAUUCCCACUCGGACAAGCUGUACUUGCUUUAAGUAACCUUCUUGUACAAGACUGAAUUAAUGCAGAAAAUUACAUUCUGUGGAUUUAAUGAGACUUUUUAUUACGAUUAUCUAAUUGGCAGGUGGCGAUGUCGGUGUCAGCGGUGUCGAGACAAAUAAACAGAUCUUCUGUCAUUUAAUGGUGGAGGAUUUAAAACAAAGCCAAAGCACAAAACCGCUGAUGCGCUUGAUAUCUUCACCUGAACCGCCAGAUGGAUGUGGAUUUCAAAGACUGUUUACAUACAGAUGUUCCAACUUCCAAGAAUGUCUGCCUUUAAAACAUUUCUUUAAAGGGAAUGGAGUUGAUUGAAACUUAGAUAAAGAAGUUUUAUUUAAUAAUAAAAAGACUGAAAUGAAACUCAUGAGGGCGAUGAGAAGUUAUCUGCACACUCACUUUUCUAUUAUCAUUAAUAUAUUUUGUGAAAAACUCCAGAGUAUUAAAUCACAUCCUCACUUUGUAUUCAUAUAUGUCCAUGUAUAUGUGCGGUUGCUUUAGUUUGCAGUAUCAAAGACAGGAACUGUCGAAGUUGUUUACAAAGUUCACACUCGUAGCUUAAAGCUUGGUUCUGUCUCCGCUUCCCGUAGGAUUGAUUAUACUUUUCAUUACGAUUAUUCCCGACACGAGGGCUCCUUUUGAUUUAGACUACAGCAUUUUGCUGUUAUCUAAGCAAUGAAUAAAGUGCCUGUUUUUGGUAAAGGGAGGCAAACACUUGUGAACUUAUGACACCGAGGAACUGCUGCUUGUGCGCUCUGAGGGGUAUUGAAUUAGGAAAAGUUGUAUUAAACUCUUUCUAACAAGCAUUUAUCCGCUUCAUCUCCACUCCACAAAGGGAAGGUAAUAUGUUACCGUAAUACGCUGUGUAUUUUGUUGUAACAUACAGUAAUAUAAUAAUGGUUUGGUUUGCAUAUUUAUGAGAUGUUGUCAGAAAUGGGUCGUUUUGGAUCGGCCCAUGUGCCUUGCAAAAAGCUGGAUGGGAUGACUUGAACUGUAUCAAAAGCAAUAAAAAUGCACUUCUUGAAUGGGAGAAAAAUGUUUUAUUCCCACAAGUUGUUUAUUUCUAAUGAAGUGCAAAUGUUUUCUGAACUCCUUCUGGCGUCCGCUAAUAAACAGCAGUGAGCUUGAGUGGCUGCUUGUGGGCAUUAAGUUCCUUGCUAUUGUUUUUCCAA